AAUAUAAUCGCCCGGACCACCACCACAAGGACAUCGGCUUGGGCUUUCAGCAGGCCCGGCCCAACCUAUCGAAACCGAAGACCAAACUUGGACUCACCGUCGCUCGCUCAAACCCACAGACAAGAGCCGUCAUUGCGGGGAUCGGCCGGCGACAAAAUCUCAAAUUCAACAGCUGCAGAUUUCUCUGUUCUGGUGAUGCUCUGUUUCAAGGUCUUGCCUCGCUUUUCGCUUGAUCCGGAUCCGUGGAACUGGGAAAUCAAUCACUACGCCCCCAUUGAUUCCUCGAGUUCCUGAUCGACUGGCCAAUUUCAUCACAUCCCAGAACCUCGACCCCCGAUAAUCUUCUGGGCCCUCCCAUGAAUUGCUUGUCCCGCGUGCCUUCCUACACCGCGACGCUGUGUAGAAGAGCCACCCUUUUGAUCGGCGGACGUUCUUUCGUCAAGUGUGGUGCUAAUGCGCCCGCUUGGAGCCGAGCGUUCCGGAAUGCUUCUCUCCGAAGUGUGGACUCGGAGUUCGUGCUCCGCAGAUAUGGUGUUCGAUGCUAUUCCUCUAAGAGAGGCAAGAGAGGCGGGUCCAAGGCGGCGAGCCCGGUCUCGAAGACGGUCGUCGAUCCGGAGAAAGAUUCCUUCUUUGUUGUGAGGAAAGGGGACGUCGUCGGCGUUUACAGGAGCUUCCUCGAAUGCCAGGCUCAGCUUGGUUCAUCGGUCUGUGAUCCUCCUGUCAGUGUUUUCAAAGGCUAUAAUAUGUCUACAGACUCUGAGAAUUAUCUUGCCUCUCGUGGGCUUAAAGAUGCUAUCUACACUAUCAAUGUUGCUGAUUUGAAGGAUGAUCUUUUUGGAAUGCUUACACCUUGUCCUCUUCAGGAGCCUGCUGCAUACACAGGCGAAGAUACUAAGACUAAUGGCCCCAAAGAGACAUCCCAUGAUGCAUUGGAGGAAGAAGUUUCUGUGACCAUUUCGACCGAUCCAUCUGUAAAGCAUGUCAGCUCCAUUCUCAAAGCUGAGGGGGCGCCAUUAUCUUUAAAAUGUAACUCCUGUAUUCUUGAAUUCGAUGGUUCAUCAAAAGGUAAUCCUGGGAUAGCUGGGGCAGGAGCUGUAUUGCGAGCAGACGAUGGAAGCGUGAUAUGUGUAUUACGUGAAGGUGUGGGUACAGCCACAAAUAACGUUGCUGAAUAUCGAGCUGUUAUCUUAGGACUGAGGUAUGCCCUGGAGAAGGGGUGUAGAAGCAUUCGUGUUCGAGGCGACUCCAAACUUGUCUGCAUGCAGGUUCAAGGUUUAUGGAAAGUAAGACACAAGAAAAUGUCCGAGUUGUUUCAAGAGGUCAAAAGAUUGAAGGAGAACUUUCUCUCAUUUGAGAUCAGCCAUGUUCUCAGGGGCCUAAAUUCUGAGGCUGAUGCUCAAGCAAACAAGGCAAUCCAUCUUGCUGAUGGUCAAGUUGAAGAGGAAUGUGUAGAGCUGGCGACACUUUUAGAAGGAGUUUGCCUCAAAACUCCUGUUUCAGGGCCGAAUACAUUGGUCGGGGGAGCUCUGGUAGCUGGAAAACCCAUGGCGGCAGUCCUGUCGAGAGUUGCUCGGAGCUUCGCCGUCGCCGGGGCGGCCCGAUCUUCGCUUCCUCCGGCCGCCCCUUCUCCCUCCUCUUUGCUGCGCCGCUUCUCUUCGCCGCCCUCGCGCCGGGCCGGGGCCGCCGCGGUCGCCCGGUCCGGUGUCGCCGCCGACGUGGACGCGGAGGGGGACGAGGGCCUGGGCCUCCCCGCGGCCUCGGUGGUCAAGGCGGCGGCGGCGGAUCCGACCGUGCUCCAGCCCCGCGUGGUGGUGUACGACGGCGUCUGCCAUCUCUGCCACCGAGGGGUGAAGUGGGUUAUCAAAGCGGACAAACACAGGAAGAUUAAAUUCUGUUGCCUCCAAUCCAAGGCUGCAGAACCAUACAUGAGACUCUGUGGUCUCGAACAAGAGGAUGUCCUUCGUCGCUUUCUGUUCAUUGAAGGGCCUGGAUCAUACCACAUAGCAUCUACAGCUGCUUUAAAAGUGAUGUCCUACUUGCCGCUGCCAUACUCUGCUCUCAGCACACUACUGGUAGUACCAACACCAGUUAGGGAUGCAGUAUAUGACUAUGUUGCCAAAAGGCGAUAUGACUGGUUUGGGAAGGAAGAAGAUUGCUUGGUUCUACGAGAGCAGGAUAUGCUCGAGCGCUUCAUAGACAAGGAUGAAAUCUUGGAUCGAAGUCGAUCAGCUUUGUAAAUACUUUUGCUUGCCUGGCAUUUACUUCAUAUAUAAGUUUCCCACUUGUAAAUGGUUUCCGUGAUCUAGUUCCUCUCUUGAUUGAGUUUUGGGAUGAAAGAACAUGACAUUGCAGGUCACGAAGUUAGUCUUAAACUUUUUUUCUUGUUGGAGUCAUGAACAGUACAAGUAGCAUCAGUUAAUUUUAAUCUUAUAUCAUCUUUAUCUA